CUAUCGAUGCUCCACGGAUACGGACGCGUUUGUUCUCUUCUCUCGCGAUUCUGUGCUCCCAACACACAUUCUCACCUCUGCUUCUCCAGCUCAAUUGCUCCCCGCUUGGGCACGAGCGCUUGUUCGCCUCCACGGUGAGAUUCGGUGCGCUUUUCCAGCAGGAUUUUGUCACAGGGAUUCUCAAUUUCCACCAGUCGAUAUUUCCAGAUCCUCAUCGGGUGCUAAAGUGAGACGCGUUAUGUGUUCCUAAACUCACACCUGAAACCCCCUGGAACACACAAUUCCCGAACUUGGAAAUCUUUUAUGCAUUUUGUGCUUGAUUCGAAUCACAACGCUGAGCAGUGAGGCAAAGAUGAUUCUCAAGAGCAUCACUAUUCUAUCUUGCAUAACUCUAGUCACGCUGGUGCCAUGCGCCGCCACCCACAAAAUCCCCUCAGACCUGCGGAGUCGGAUCCGUCUGGCGCUGCACAUGGAGCAGAUCCACCAGACGGGCGCCGCGGCCUGCGAAGCUGAGCGUCCGCCACCCUGUCCGCCCAGCAAGUUCCGCUCGCCGACCGGCGAGUGCAACAACAUCAACCACAGAGACUGGGGCGCGCGCGGAGACAUCCUGCUCCGCCUCUUCGAGUCCAACUACGCUGACGGCAAAGCAGCGCCGAGAACCUCCAGAGGAGCGCACGCCCUGCCGCCUCCGGAGAGCGUCUUGACCAGACUGCAGGCCACCACGAACGCCAAGCAGGAGCAUCCGCACGUCACGGCGAUGCUGCCGGCCUGGGGUCAGCUGCUGGCCUACGAUCUCGUGGAGACACUGACUCCGUCGCUCACCUGCUGUCCGGGCAGCUCUGGCAACAAGACACAGGAGCAGCUGGCGCUGUGCUACACCUCAAUCUCCGGCGAAGAGUGCGUCGAGUACAGAAGAUCAGCGCCGUCCUAUGAAGUUGGCUUGUGUGACUUCAAGCAACGUGAGCAGAUGAACUCUGUCUCCGGCUACAUUGACGGAUCCGGUCUGUAUGGGGCCAGUGAGUCGGACUUCCAGCGACUGCGGACGCACAAGGGCGGCCUCGUGAACAUCUCCGCCUGCGCCAGGUGCAAUGAGCAGGGCGCUGUUGGAGCGCUGCACACGAUCCUCCUGCGCGAGCACAACCGCAUCGCCGCCGUGCUGUCGAAGAUGAAUCCAGUUUGGACGGACACGACGCUCUUCCUGGAGACCAGGCGCGCCGUGACGGCCCAGAUCCAGCACAUCACCUACAACGAAUUCCUUCCCGUGGUGCUCGGCCAGCAAAUCACAGCCAAAGACGAACUGCGCCUCGAGACGUCGAAGCACUACGAUCAGUACUCGAGCACCAACAGGGGCGGAGUGUUCAAUGAAGUGGCUGUAGCCGCACUGCCCGCCUUCCUCACCAUGCUCCCCGCCGCGAUGAUGGACGACUCCGCGUCGGCGGAGAUCCUGAUCAGGACGCCAGCUCUCGUGAAGACUCUCAUUCCGCUCGAGAAGUCCGCAGACAAGUCCUGGACGGAAAUCGCUCUGGCUCUGCAGAGAGGCAGAGAUCACGGCAUCCCAGCCUACUCUGACGCUCUUAAUCUCUGUGAGGCUCGCCUGGCAACUGAUCGGGAAGCUGGAACGUCAUUUGACGACUUCCAGUCAGCAGGAAUCCCAGAAUCUACGGCUAAGGCUCUCAAGAAUAUCUAUCUGAACGCUGCCGAUGUGGAUCUCCUGAUCGGUGCUCUCUCGGAGACACCUCAGCCCGGAUCAGUGUUCGGUCCCACUCUCUCAUGCCUCCUGGCCACGCAAUUCGCCAGUCUGAGGAACAGCGACAGGUUCUGGUACGAGAACGAUUUGCCUCCUUCUUCGCUGUCUCUGGAUCAGCUGAAGGCCGUCCGGCGGGUGUCCUUGUCCGGACUCCUGUGUGCCGCCGAUGGAGUCUCCCGGUCGCAGCCCAAGGCUUUCAUCCGCGAGGAUCCCUACUUGAAUGCUCGCUUGACUUGUGACCAACUCUCCGGACUUGAUUUGUCCGCGUGGAAGUUCGAGGACAACAACUACGUCGAGGAUACUCUGGAAGAGACGACAAGGAUGCCAGACGUCGAGGAGUUGAGUCCUGAGCAGAUUAAAGAGGCUCUGAGAAGGGCGCAGGAAGAUCUCGCGGCCCGGAAGCGUUUCGAAUACGAAGUGUGGCUAGAACAGGGAGGAAUCGACGCUCGCUCUCCUGACGGAACCGCCGCCUCGUUCAGUAAGGCUAACAGAAAUGCUCUUCUCCUGGCCAAUUCAUCUUUGUUCUACGAGUUUGCUUCCAACGAAAUCCUGAACACUCUGCACAAGAAUCAGCGAAGGAAGCGUCAGACGUUCGACAGCAACAUCUUGGGCUCCUUCUCGCGAGGCGAUGACUUCACAGAUAGCCUGCAGAAUAUCGAUGUGAACUCCCUCCUGUCGGGAUCCAUUUCGCCCAUCAAUCUCGAGCCCCAGUGUGAAGAUCUCACGGCGCAAUGCGACUCCACGUCGCCGUUCAGGAGCAUGUCUGGAUACUGCAACAAUCUGCGAUCGCCAAACCUCGGCCAAUCUCUCACCGUCUUUGCUCGCCUCCUGCCGCCGGUCUAUGAAGAUGGCGUCUCGAAGCCUCGAAUCACUUCCGUAUCUGGACAAAUCCUUCCCAAUCCACGCACCAUCUCAUCCCUCAUCCAUCCUGACAUCUCCAAUCUCCACACGCGAUAUUCUCUGAUGGUGAUGCAGUACGCCCAGUUCCUCGACCACGAUCUCACGAUGACGCCCAUUCACAAGGGCUUCCACGAGUCCAUUCCCAACUGCAGAUCCUGCGACUCCCCGCGCACUGUGCAUCCCGAGUGCAAUCCCUUCCCGGUUCCACCGCGAGAUCAUUACUAUCCGGAGGUGAAUGUGACGAGUGGCGCUCGCCUGUGCUUCCCCUUCAUGAGAUCCCUGCCCGGACAACAGAGCCUCGGACCCCGAGAGCAGGUGAACCAGAACACAGCCUUCCUGGACGCUUCCCAAGUGUACGGCGAGAACUGGUGUGUGGCCAACAAACUGAGGGGAUUCUCCGGACGCAUGAACUCCACUAUCCACCCGAUCAAGGGCAAGGAACUGCUCCCGCAGAGUCCCUCCCAUCCGGAGUGCAAAGCUCCCAGCGGAUACUGCUUUAUUGCCGGAGACGGAAGAGCUUCUGAGCAGCCGGCUCUCACUGUGAUCCACACGAUCUUCCUCCGGGAGCACAACAGGAUUGUCGAGGGCCUGCGAGGCGUGAAUCCUCACUGGUCGGGCGAUCAGCUCUUCGAACAUGCUCGCCGAAUUCUCAUUGCCCAGAAUCAGCACAUCACAUAUAACGAAUUCCUGCCGCGCAUCCUCAGCUGGAACGCCGUGAAUCUGUACGGGCUGAAGCUCCUGCCGCAGGGCUAUUACAAGGAUUACAAUCCCACCUGCAAUCCCGCCAUCGUGACGGAGUUCGCGGCGGCCGCCUUCAGAAUCGGCCACUCUCUGCUCAGACCUCACAUUCCCCGACUCAGUCCCAACCAUCAGCCGAUCGAUCCUCCGAUUCUCCUGCGCGACGGCUUCUUCAAGCCCGACAUGAUCCUCCAGCCCGGCAUGGUCGACGAGAUCUCCAGAGGACUCGUCUCAACGCCCAUGGAGACACUGGAUCAGUUCAUCACUGGCGAGGUGACGAACCAUCUCUUCGAGGACCGGCGCAUUCCCUUCUCCGGCAUAGAUCUCAUCGCUCUCAACGUCCAACGCGCCAGGGAUCACGGCAUCCCGAGCUACAACAACUACCGCGCCCUGUGCAACCUAAAGAGGGCCAACGACUGGGAUGAUCUGAGCAGGGAGAUUCCGCCAGAGGUGAUCGCGCGCUUCAAGAGGCUCUACGCUUCUGUGGACGAUAUUGACCUGUUCCCCGGAGCCAUGUCGGAGCGACCGCUCCAGGGCGGCCUUGUGGGACCCACUUUCGCCUGCAUCAUCGCCAUCCAGUUCAGACAGCUGAGGAAAUGUGAUAGGUUCUGGUAUGAGAAUGAAGAUCCCGCAGUGCGAUUCUCAGAGGCACAACUGUCUGAGAUCCGAAAGACUACGUUGGCGAAGAUCUUCUGCGAAAAUCUGGACAUUCCCGGAGACAUGCAGAGAGCUGCUUUCGAUCUUCCCAGCAACUUCCUGAACCCUCGAGUGCCCUGCCACACAAUGCCUCAGAUUGACCUGAGCGCCUGGCGCGAGAACGUCGUCCAGGGCUGCCAGAUUGGCGGUCGCCACGUGAGCGUGGGCGAGUCUGCCUUCCCAUCUCCGUGCACGAGUUGCAUCUGCACGAGCGAAGGCGCUCAGUGCGCCUCUCUGAGAAUCACGGACUGCGCCCAGUUGGCCAGGGAGUGGCCCAGAGACGUGAUCCUGCGCGACGACGUGUGCAGCGCCCAAUGUGGCCUGGUGCUGCAGAACAACGGCGCUGGCUCCAGCAAUAUUCCAGGACUCACGGCGCCGCCGCUCCACCGCGCCGCCAGAUCACGAUCGCUGCCCGUGGUGACGUUCCAGGGCUUCCGCUUCCCCGAUCUGUCGCCCUUCAUCGGCUGAGCCUGGCCAGCCGCCCUAGACACAAGCGCCAUAUAAUACUUUUGUUAUAAAAAAUAUUUGAUAAUUUUAAUGCAUUGCAGAGUAAAUGAUAAUUUUGUAUGUAGUCUACCGAAUUAUUUUUAAAUAUAAAGAAUAAACUAUUCC